CCUCCGGAAUUGAAGCGGGAAAUCUCCUGCUCUCGGCUUCAAAGUGUAUAUCCCCGACACAUUGAGAUCCCCCCACCACCACACCCAAGCUGCCAGUAUGACCAUGGGCGGCAGUGACGAACGGAAGGACAUCGUCAUAAUUGGCGGUGGAAUCAUCGGCUGUGCUACAGCAUACUACCUCACCCGACACCCUUCCUACGACCCAAAAAAGCAUCGGAUCGUCGUCGUCGAAGCCACUCGAGUUGCCGGAGGAGCUUCGGGGAAGGCGGGUGGGCUGCUGGCGGUAUGGGCUUAUCCGAGCAACAUCGUACCAUUGAGCUUCCGGCUGCACCAGGACCUCGCGUUGGAACAUGGAGGUGAGGAUAGGUGGGGAUACCGCCGGGUGUCGUGCGGAAAUCUGGAGGCGCACGGACGCAAACGCAGCGAGUUGGAAGGUCUCGGUGCCGCUCCUGGCUUCUCGUUGGGAAAGCGGGCGGGAGAGACCAGGAAGGGCGGGAAAGCUUGGUCGGGUACCGGAUUGCCGAAAGAUCUGGAUUGGAUCCUGCCGGAACUGGUGCAGGGGUACGAAGAGAUGGGCGGAAGCAGAGAGACGGCACAGGUGCAUCCAUACUAUUUCACUAUGUCGCUGAUGGACCUGGCCAAGGCGAGCGGGGCAGAGCUGGUCAUCGGAUCCGUCACAAAAAUCAACUACGCCGACGUCUCGUCGCCGGCAUCAACGCCUCCGCCGGCCAUCGACCGCAGUGGGAACAAAUCACCCUCCACGUCGUCGCUGUCGUCGUCAACGUCGUCGUCGCGAAGCCGGAGGAAGGCCGAAUCCGUCACGUACACCGACAAGGAGACUUCGAGGUCGGUAACGGUGCCGGCAUCGCACGUAGUCCUCGCUGCCGGACCCUGGACGGCGCGGCUGUUUCCUGCAGCCCCCAUCACCGGACUGCGCGCCCAUAGCGUGACCAUCACACCCGCGGGUCCAGUCAGCGGCUAUGCGCUCUUCACGGAAAUAUCGAUACCUUCUCCCACCGAGGUUGGAUACCGUGGACCGGUUUCGCCCGAAAUAUAUGCCCGUCCCAACAACGAAAUAUACGUGUGCGGAGAGGGAGACAUGGAGGUCGAGGUACCGGAAACCACGGCGGACGUCGAGGUAGAUGAAUCGCGGUGUGACGACCUCAUCGCUCAGGUGUCGUCGAUCAGCGACCACAUCCGACUGGGAAGAGUGACGCGGAAGCAGGCCUGCUACCUGCCGGUCCUGAACAUUGGAGGCUCCGGCGGGCCGUUGAUAGGGGAGACGGGAGUCGAUGGAUUGUAUAUGGCGUCCGGUCAUAGCUGUUGGGGCAUCAAUAACGCUCCGGCCACCGGGCUACUGCUAUCCGAGAUGAUCUUCGACGGUAAGGCGAAGAGCGCGGAUAUCAGACAGUUGGAUCCGCGGAGGAUUUUGUAGGAUUAUACCUGAUUUGCCGUUGGCGUUUCGACUCGUUCUGGUUUCGGUUUUCUGGGUUCUCGGUUCUGGGUUCUAAGUUUCGGGUUUCAGUUUUUCCAAUUGAUUUUAUUUUGAUGAUUUGUUUUUUCUUUCGGGUUCUCGGAUUUCGCAUGCGGCGGCGAUUGUUGCUGCAAGGUCCCAUUC